UGAUACAGAUGAAGAAAUGUUUAGCAAUAUGGAUAAAGAUGAAAUUCAAAAAUUAAGUACUGAUAUGGACGAAGUGCAAGAAUUGAGUACUGAUAUUGAUGAAAUGCAAAAAAUAAGUACUGAUGUGGAUGAAUUACAGGAAAUAAAUACUGAUAUAGAUGAAAAUUCUGAUAAUGAUAAUGAUUCUAGUAAAUAUCAACGUUAUACUGCACAAGAAAAAGGAAAAUGGUGA